UCACGCAGAAAACAGGGAAUGGAAAAGAAAACGUCAGGAAAGAACAUUGAUUGAUGAGAACCUGUCUCCUCCGCCCCAAAAAGAAAACAGAGAAAAUGCUGCUUCACAAGAAAAAGAGAAUAAUAGAAAUAUUCGAGAUCCGAGACAAUCUCGGUUAAAACCCAAACUCUUUGCAAAUUUUCAUAAUCGCAAUGGCGGUUCGUCAUCGACCGCAAGCUCGAGAUCGAAACCGAGACAUCCAGCCACAAAAUCAUCACUACCCCAAAAUUCCGUCAAACCCGAUGAUUCAAAUGAGUCAUGGAAGUUUUCCCAUGAGAUUCGCAAUCAACUCAAGGCAAGACGUCCGAACACGGACAAAGGUGAGAAAGAGUUAGAGAAGAGAAUUCUAAUACCAUUUGUUACACCAGUAUAUUUUAGCCACGGAGCAACAUUUGAAGGCUUAAAAAAUGAAGAUUUAACUUCUUUCAUGAUCAAAGUUACGAAAAGAUUCUGUGGAAGUGAUGAGAAAGUGCUCAAAUUUCCACCCGAGCUGACCGGCUUUCAAAGAAAAAUGUUACAUCGUCAGGCAGAGUUAUUGGGAUUGAACAGUGUUAGUUUUGGCGAGGGGGAAGGAAGAUUCUUGGUUGUGAUGAAACAGGACGUUGAAGUGUUUGAGUGA